GGUUCGUGCAAACUUGCAAACAUGUUCACCGUUUCUCAGACCUCGAGAGCGUGGUUCAUCGAUAGAGCCCGUCAGGCUCGGGAGGAAAGGCUGGUGCAGAAGGAGCGGGAGCGGGCGGCCGUCGAGAUCCAGGCCCAUGUUCGCAGUUUCCUGUGUCGGAGGCGACUGCAGAGAGAGAUCCGGAGAGAGAUCGAUGAGUUUUUUAAAGCCGAUGACGUGGAGUCCAGUAAAAGAAGCGCACUUUGUAUUUUUAAGAUUGCCAGGAAACUGCUGUUCUUGUUCAGAAUUAAAGAGGAUAAUGAGAGAUUUGAGAAGUUGUGUCGCUGCAUCCUGAGCAGCAUGGAUGCUGAGAACGAACCCAAGGUGUGGUAUGUGUCCUUGGCUCUUUCCAAGGAUCUCACCCUCCUGUGGAUUAAACAGAUCAAACACAUUCUUUGGUGUUGCUGUGAGUUUCUUGAGCAGCUCAAGCCUGAAAUCUUACAGGACUCCAGACUCAUCACGCUGUACCUCACGAUGCUUGUCACCUUCACAGACACUUCAACAUGGAAAAUCCUCCGCGGAAAAGGGGAGAGUCUUCGACCAGCCAUGAACCACAUCUGUGCAAAUAUAAUGGGACAUCUCAACCAGCAUGGAUUCUAUCCUGUGCUGCAGAUGCUGUUAACCCGUGGCCUGGCAAGACCCCGGCCUUGUCUGUCCAAAAGCACUUUAACUGCGACCUUUUCUCUCGCACUGCGCCCUGUGAUUGCUGCACAAUUUUCAGACAGUCUGCUUCGGCCAUUCCUCAUCCACAUCAUGUCUGUGCCUGCUCUCGUGACUCACCUCAGCACAGUGACCCCUGAGCGCCUCACCGUUUUAGAAUCUCAUGACAUGCUUCGUAAAUUCAUCACAUUUUUAAGAAACGAAGAUCGAUGCCGUGACGUAUGUGAAAGCUUAGAAGGAUGCCAUACGCUUUGUCUCGUGGGCAACCUUCUGCAGUUGGGCUCCCUCAGCCCCAAGGUGUUAGAGGAAGAGACGGAUGGGUUCGUGAGUUUGCUCACCCAGAUGCUGUGCUACUGUCAGAAGUACGUGUCCCAGAAGAAAUCCAACCUGACGCACUGGCACCCCGUCCUCGGCUGGUUCUCCCAAUCUGUGGACUAUGGUCUCUCGGAGUUCCAUGCCCUGAUCACCAAACAGCUGCAGGUUCCUGUGGGGUGCCUUCUGAUCCUCUUCAGUGACAUCCUGAACAAGAAGCUUGAGAACCAGGACAGCCCACGCAGUCGGGGCAUCCAGAACGUGGCUUUUCCGCGAAGGAACCUCCUGAAGCGCGCGUUUCAGAAGUCCGCAUCAGUUCGGAAUAUUCUCAGGCCUGUUGGGGGUAAGCGUGUGGACUCUGCGGAGGUCCAGAAGGUCUGCAACAUCUGCGUCCUCUACCAGACCUCGCUGACGACUCUGACCCAGAUCCGGCUGCAGAUACUCACAGGACUCACUUACCUUGAUGACCUGCUCCCCAAACUGUGGGCGUUUAUCUGUGAGCUGGGGCCCCACGGAGGGUUAAAGCUCUUCUCGGAGUGCCUCAACAAUGACACCGAAGAGUCCAAGCAGCUCUUGGCCAUGCUGACGCUGUUCUGUGACUGCUCCCGGCACCUCGUCACGAUCCUUGACGACAUCGAAGUUUACGAAGAACAAAUUUCAUUCAAACUGGAAGAGCUGGUCACCAUCUCCUCUUUCCUGAACUCCUUUGUGUUUAAGAUGAUCUGGGAUGGGAUCGUAGAGAACGCCAAGGGGGACACCUUGGAGCUGUUCCAUUCUGUCCACGGCUGGCUGAUGGUGCUGUACGAGAGGGACUGCCGGCGGCGCUUUGCCCCCGAGGACCACUGGCUGCGAAAGGACCUCAAACCUAGCGUGCUCUUCCAAGAACUGGACAAGGACAGAAGACGGGCACAGCUGAUCCUGCAGUACGUCCCUCAUGUCGUUCCCCACAAAAACAGAGUUCUCCUGUUCCGAAACAUGGUUACCAAGGAGAAGGAGAAACUGGGGCUCGUGGAAACCAGCUCAGCCUCUCCCCACGUCACCCACAUUACAAUCCGACGGUCCCGCAUGUUGGAGGAUGGCUACGAGCAGCUCCGGCAGCUGUCCCAGCACGCCAUGAAGGGUGUGAUCCGUGUGAAGUUCGUCAAUGACCUCGGGGUGGACGAGGCCGGCAUUGACCAGGACGGUGUUUUCAAGGAGUUCCUGGAGGAAAUCAUCAAGAGGGUGUUUGACCCGGCACUCAAUCUGUUCAAGACAACCAGCGGGGACGAGAGGCUGUACCCUUCACCCACGUCCUACAUUCAUGAGAACUAUCUACAGCUCUUCGAGUUUGUGGGCAAGAUGCUGGGGAAGGCUGUGUAUGAGGGAAUUGUGGUGGACGUGCCCUUCGCCUCCUUCUUCCUGAGCCAGCUGCUCGGGCACCACCACAGUGUCUUCUAUAGCUCCGUGGACGAGCUUCCUUCACUGGACUCAGAGUUCUACAAAAACCUCACUUCUAUUAAGCGUUACGAAGGGGACAUCGCUGACCUGGGCCUGACUCUGUCUUACGAUGAGGACGUCAUGGGUCAGCUCGUUUGCCAUGAACUGACUCCUGGAGGGAAGACCACGCCAGUUACGAAUGCAAAUAAGAUUAGCUACAUCCAUCUGAUGGCCCACUUUCGAAUGCACACUCAGAUCAAAAACCAGACAGCUGCCCUCAUUAGCGGGUUCCGUUCCAUUAUCAAGCCCGAGUGGAUCCGGAUGUUCUCGACCCCCGAGCUACAGCGUCUCAUCUCCGGUGACAAUGCUGAGAUUGACCUGGAAGAUUUAAAGAAGCACACGGUGUACUACGGUGGGUUUCACGGAAGUCACAGGGUCAUCAUCUGGCUCUGGGAUAUUCUGGCCUCUGACUUCACACCUGACGAGAGAGCCAUGUUUCUGAAGUUUGUGACCAGCUGCUCCAGGCCCCCGCUCCUGGGAUUCGCCUACCUCAAGCCUCCUUUUUCCAUCCGCUGUGUUGAAGUGUCAGACGAUCAGGACACCGGGGACACCCUCGGCAGUGUCCUCCGGGGCUUCUUCACCAUCCGCAAGCGGGAGCCAGGCGGCCGCCUGCCCACAUCCUCCACCUGCUUCAACCUGCUCAAGCUGCCCAACUACAGCAGGAAGAGCGUGCUCCGCGAGAAGCUGCGCUAUGCCGUCAGCAUGAACACGGGCUUCGAGCUCUCCUAG